CAAUAGAUGAGAUAAUAACAUGACAACACCGUCAACUACCCUGUGGGCCAAGCAGAUGAAGUCAAAUGGGGGAUGUUACACCCAAAAUGAUACGGAUGGAUAUGAUGAUGGAUUCAAUGAUCGAGACAGCAGAUCAAUUCUACCUGGACACAACAGAUCACAUAUGGGGCAUUCUUGCAUGGACACAACACUGAAUCUGCACUCCAACUUUGUAAAAAAUGUUGGCCAGGUAACAUUUAACUGCAUAUAUACACUGAAAUGUUCUCUUUCCAAACAUUUUCUUAUUUCCAAACAUCUAAAUGAACUAAUACGUUAUGCCAUAAACUCACAAUGGUCAGAAGCAGUUUUACAUCAAUAAUUUUUUUAUAUCUGAGAUAUUCAGGGUUCCACUAUGUAUUGAUUAAUCUACAAUUUAACAUGAAUUUAGAAAAAGUAUUAUUUUAUGAUCUGAUUUAAUGAAUAUUUUAUACAAUUGUGACAUUUUUUUCCUUUGCAAUGCUAAAGAUACAUGAGACAUUCUAUGAUCUAUUUGUUUUGCUUGCAUAUGCAGCUUUAUAAACUUACAUAUUAAAAUAAAUCAUAGGAUUACUUACAUUUAUCUGAAUUCCCCUCUUCCCUAUCAAAAGUAAAAAUAAUGUUCAUGUAAAAAUGCAACACCAAGGUGAUAAAUGAUAAAUAGCCAAAAAGGUUGAUAUUAGAUUAUGUUGUAUUUGUUACCUUAAGCAUGUAUUAAAGGUAGAAACACCAUCCUUGUUAUUGUUAAUAACAGAUCUACUUUUAACAAUGGUAAGCAGCCAUAUGCACUUUAAAACCCCAAAAUAUUGUAUUCAAAACUGUUUUGAUUGAAACCAGAAGCAUAAUAAAUCCUUGGUACCUAAUAAGAGGUCAAAAUAUAAUUCUAAAUAUUGUCUGUUUUUUUAAAUAAUUCUCUCUGUGAAGUCUUCUUAAUAUUGAAAUCUCAAAACUGAAAUUAGGUGACAGUAUUCUCUAAACUUUUACCAUGAUGCCUUAUUUUGGCCAUUUUUUCUCUGCAUUUGCCUUAUUUUUUUAAUACU